AGCCCAGAGCCUCUCCUUGCCUGCGGUGCUGGGAGGAGGCUGCACAUGGCCACGUACCUGGAGCUGCCUGCUGGUGGGAGGAUGCCCAUCCUGGGACUGGGGACCUGGCAGUCUCUCCAGGGGGCAGCAAGGGAUGCAGUGAAGUUUGCCAUUGACGCUGGGUACCGGCACCUGGACUGUGCCUACAUGUACCAGAACGAGAGCGAGAUCGGGGACGCGCUGCGACAGAAGAUGGAGGAGGGCGUGGUGAGGCGAGAGGAGCUCUUUGUGGUCAGCAAGCUGUGGUCCACCUUCCACGAGAGAUCCCUGGUGAAGGAGGCGUGCCAGAAAACACUUGCUGCCCUCCAGCUGGAUUAUUUGGAUCUCUACCUGAUGCACUGUCCCAUGGGAUUCAAGGCAGGAGAGGAGCUGUUUCCUGCAGAUGGAAACGGCAUGAUCAUUCCCAGCGACACAGAUUUUCUGGAUACGUGGGAGGCUAUGGAGGAGCUCGUGGAUGUGGGAAUGGUGAAGGCUAUUGGAGUCUCCAACUUCAACCACAAACAGAUCAAUCAGCUCCUGGGCAAACCAGGCUUAAGACACAAACCUGCAAACAAUCAGAUUGAGAGUCACCCCUAUCUUCCUCAGGAAGAGCUGAUUAAGUUUUGCCAAUCCAAAGGGAUCUCUGUCACUGCAUAUUGUCCCCUCGGAGCACCCAACUGGCCAGGGUCCAAGCCUGACCAUAUUUCCCUUCUUGAUGACCCUCAAAUUAAGGAAAUUGCACUCAAGCACAACAAAACCCCAGCUCAGGUGCUUAUCCGGCUCCAAAUCCAAAGGAAUGUGAGUGUGAUUCCCAAAUCUGUCACUCCACAGCGUAUUGAAGAAAAUUUUAAGGUGUUUGACUUUGAGCUGACCGGAGAGGAGAUGGAGACCCUCCUUGGUUUCAAGAAGCGCUAUCGCAUCUGUGCAUUAAGCCAAUGCAAAAAUCACAAGGACUAUCCUUUUUUAGAAGACUGACAGCUUCAGAUCCUCUGGGGAUCCAGACCAUUUAUUGUUAUUUCAAGCAAUUUGCAAUACUUCGUGUAUUAAUUCACAGAUAGAAGGGGAAUAUGUAUUGAAACUUGGGAGAAGGUAACUCAGGCAUUCUGAAGAGUCAGCUUUGAACAUGGAUACAUUUGCUUCCCUUUUUAUUAGCUAGUUGUUUUUUAUCUUCUCUUGUAACACUAUUUGCAGUUGCAGCAAAAUAUAUAUUCUCUCUUGCUUUAGUAAUGAUAAUGAAGUUUAAUCAAGCCAUAGAUUGGGAUUAGGGAAAAGCAUUUUUUGUCAUAACUAUAAAUCCUGACAAAGUUCAGAGAAAAUUUAAAGUCUCUGAUUAGUUAUACUUUUGGACAAAAGGUUAAUACAUCAACUAUCUUUUAAUUCUCACUACCAGACAGUCCAUUUAACAUCAGAAGAUCUCAAUUACAUGCCAUGCUGCUUGAGAUGCCGAGUUCAAUAAUUUCAGUGUAGCAGACUGAAAGCUCUUUAGAGGACACUGCUGAAUUAUGAUUCAGGAGCUCUUUUCUUAAUGAGGUUUCCUAUUUAUGAACUGCUAAAAACUAAUAAACUACUAGGAGAUUUGUAUGUUUGGUUUAUAGUGUCUGCAAGAGUAUAUAAAUACUGCUUUUAUCAGUAGAAUGGCUGCAGUUGAGACUGAAAAUCUCAGAGAAAAUCCAAAGUCUGAUAAAGGAGACACACAGGAAUUAUUUUGUUUGGCAGCUGUCAUAUUUAGCAAGCAGAAAAGCUGGGCAGCUUCACAGAAGCCAACAGCAGAUUUUCACUCUCCUGUACUGUUCCCUAGGUACUGUUUGCUUGUGUUUUGACUCAAUGGAUGUCUCUGGAUGCUGUUAUCUCUGGUGAAAAAAAGAAAUUAAAGUCAGUGCUGCUGCAGCCCA